AUGGUUCCGUUUGCACCGCUCGCGCUGUUGGCGAUCUGCGCAGAGGCGUUGCCGGCGUUGCCGUCGUGGAACCACGCUCACAAUGCUACUGAGAACGCCACCGGCUUGAACGCGACCAACCUCACACAGAUCAGUGCUGCCAACGGUCUCCGCCUGAACGGCGUAGAACUCUUGGGCUGCCAACUGAAGGUCGGAGUUGCUUUCUUCGAGUAUCAAGAUAUGAUGACGCAGCAGCAGGCACGUGUUGCUUUGGAAGGUCUGGAGUUGGGCAACAACAAGCUGAAAGUCCUGAAACCGGAUCAAGUGAUUGAGCUUGGCCUGGUGGACAGAGAACAGAAGCUAGGUGCCCGGGUGGUGCCCAGCAAGGUGGUCUAUCUCAAGAACAUUGUGACUCUAGAGGACCUGGCCGAUGAGACUGGGUAUGUCGAGAUUUGCACAGACAUCCGCUUGGAAGGGGAGAAGUUUGGUGCAGUCGUCUCGAUUGAGGCACCGGCGCCAGCAGCCCCAGCGGCUUUGCCCGCACCUACUCUGCCGGACUUGUCCAUGGCGCUGGUUCCCAUCGGUGGUCAGCUGGCCAAGCCUGGCGGAGCGGGCGAUGGCCCUGGUGGUGGAGGCCCGUCCGGACCGGUGGACCCCACCACGCCGGGCUUUGGCUAUGCCUUCAUCGAGUUUGCGAAUAUCGAGGGCAGCUCCAAGGCCAAGAAGGCUUUAAAUGGCCGGCGCUUCGGGUGCGCUGCUUCAGAGCUACGAGUCCGGUCGUUGAGAUGUGAUUUUCCGGCUCCGCUGGUGAGUUCUAUCGGCUGCGCAGGGCCAACUUAG